AUGUCGUUAUCUUCACGUCUUCUUCCUAUUCAGAACGCUCCAGGGAGAAUGGGUUUUUCAACCACUCANUCUCAGGGACACGCAGCGUCCCAUAAGCUUCUCUCUUCUCCAUUUUCAACCGCCCUCGAAACCCUCCAAAAACAACUCGGCUACACCUUUAAGAGCAUUGAUCUUCUCCGUCGCGCCAUGACCCACGCCUCCUUCUCCGAAGAAAACAACAAAGCUUUCGCCAUUCUGGGCGCCGCCGUCAUCGAAACUUCCGUCUCUUUUCACUUACUAUCUAAAGACGUUGAUAUUUCUCCUAAAGAGCUUAACCGUCGAUUGUCCCAAAUCACCAGCGUCGAAUCUUCAUGCGCCGUCGACGGAACUCGAUUAGGUUUGCAAAAGAUCGUUCGCGUCUCGCCCAAAACCAAUUCCUCCGCCCCUGCCGUCGUUUGCGGCGCAUUUCGAGCAAUCUUCGCUGCCAUUUCUAUUGACACCGGCAAGUCCGAUGAUGCAGGUAACGUCUUCUGGAACCUUCAUGGCGGCGACCUAGGAUCUGCCGUGGCUCUUUGAACUAAGUUUAGUUUUUAAGUUUCUUAUGUUUGUGUUUGCUGCUCAAGAUACUUCAUAGUGACUUGUGUGUUGGUUGUUUAUAGCUUCUUUUUAAGACAAUCUAGUUACUGUUAUUAGUGUUGGACCACUAGUUAUGCUGUGAAGCAGCGAAUGAUAAUCUAGUGUGAUCUAUAACUACUUGUUUGCUAACAGAAUGAGUUAUGAAGCAAGCUAUGUAGCUUUUUUUUUUU